AUGGGCGUCCCGGCCUACGAGGAGGGGACAACUGAAUCCGCCGCCGCCGCCGCCGCCGGCUCCACCCGUGUCCGCAUCGCGCCCCAAGUCCUCGAGCAGCAGGACCUGAUGCCAUCCGGGGAAGCUGGCUCUGCAUCUGCCAGACCCACCACUUCCUCCUCGCGUCCGCGCAUCCGUGCGCAGAUUCUCAGCACAAGUGACCCGACGACCGAUGAGCACACCGCCUCCCCGAGCGGCAAGUCUGCCGGGUCAUCCGCCCUCCCCGCCGACCGGGCCCCCAGCCGGGACCUUCGGGACCUCGAGACCGUGAGCCCAGCCGAGGUCGGAGCCGGAGCCGGAGCCGGAGCCGGAGCCGGAGCCGGAGCCGCGGCCACCGCAACUAUGAGUCCCGGCCCCGAGAGGAUGAUCGCUACCGGCGACACGGACGAAGCCGGAGCCGGAGCCGGAGCCGGAGCCGGAGCCGGGACCGUCACUCAAGCCGGACCGCGCACUGGGAUCGCGAUCGGCGGCCGGAAUAUGGCCGGCGAUCGGACCGCGGCCACUACGACGACACCCGCGACCGCCACGGCCCUCGUGAUGGCCACCACCCCGCGGCGGCUGGCGAUCCUCGCGCGGAACGUGGCCACCGGAGCCGCAGUCGUAGCAUCAGCCCCGCUGAUGACCGGGCUAUGCGCGACGAUCACCGUCGCCGCCAUGGCGGCUACCAGUCUGGUGGUUUUGGCCGUGGGGAGCGUGGCCCUGGCCUCGAUGAUGGUCGCCGCGGCGGUCCUGCCGGUGGUCUUGCUUCUGAUCGUGGUCCUGGGGAUUCCCCUGGCCGCGGCGGUCGGCAUGUGGCUGGCCCUCGUCGGACGUCGCCGGGACCCGGCCGCCGCCGUGGUGCCCGGUCCCGGUCCCGGACUGCUGAAGGUGGACCCGACGCGGGGUGUCCCCAAUGAGGACGUCCACGCCCGGCAGACGGUCUACGGCACGAACACCAUUCCCAAGCCCCCGUCGGUGACCUUCCUGGAGCUGGUCUGGGAGGCGCUGCAGGACCCGACGCUGAUCAUGCUGAUUUGCGCGUCCCUGGUGUCCGUGGCCAUUGGUAUCUACGAGGAGGUGACGCGCGACCGGUCUGGCGGGUCCUCCGGCAGCCAGGACAACGAGUACGAGCUCGGGUCCUGGGUCGAGGGUGUGGCCAUCAUGGUGGCCGUGGUGGCCGUGGUGCUGGUCAGUGCCGGUAACGACUACCAGAAGGAGCGCCAGUUCCGCAAGCUGAAUGCCAAGCGCGAGGACCGCAAUGUGACGGUCAUCCGGUCCGGCGAGCGUCUGUCCAUCUCGGUGUACGAGGUGGUUGUCGGUGACAUCCUGAUCAUCGACACCGGUGAUGUCCUUUGCGCCGAUGGUGUCCUGCUUGAGGGCCAUGACAUUCAGUGCGAUGAGUCCAGCCUGACCGGCGAGUCGGACGCCAUCAAGAAGAUCGUGUGCCAUGGCCGGCAGCCUGGCAGCGACAAGGAUGACGCCCCGGUCUCCAGCUCCAAGGGGUCCGGGCCUUUCCUCCUGUCCGGGUCGAAGGUCCUGCAGGGUGUCGGUUCCAUGGUGGUCACCUGUGUCGGCGAGCACUCCAUGUAUGGUAGCACCCUGGCAGCCAUGUCCACCGGCAAUGAGAAUACCCCCCUGCAGGACAAGCUGGCCGAUCUGUCCGAGACCAUCGGCAAGAUCGGCCUGGCCGUGGCGCUGCUCAUGCUUUUCAUCCUGAUCGUCAAGUAUUGUGCCAUCCACGCCAUCAACAAGUCCUGGCCCAGCGGCGCGUCGGCCAUCGUCCAAGACAUCGUGGGGUUCAUCAUUACCGCCGUGGCGGUCGUGGUGAUGGCCGUGCCGGAGGGCCUGCCCAUGGCCGUCACCCUGGCCCUGGCCUAUGCCACCAUUCAGAUGCUGCGCGACAACAACCUUGUCCGAAUCCUGGCCGCCUGCGAGACCAUGGGUGGUGCGACGACCAUUUGCUCGGACAAGACCGGUACCCUGACCCAGAACCGCAUGACCGUUGUCCAGGUGCGUGCUCUUUCUUUCUUUCCCGGGGCCGAUGUGCCUCUCCCCCUCCAGGUCCACGCCGCGUCCUUCACCGACAUCGAGGGCAGCCGGAACAUCCCGCAGCAGAUUGGCACCGGGCUGACCGAGAUCCUUGCCCACGGGAUUUGCAUCAACUCCAACGCCGCCGAGACCGUCGAGGACGGUGUGACGACCUUCCUCGGGUCCAAGACCGAGGUGGCUCUUCUGGAGUACAUUCGCGCGGCGGCCGGCUUCGACUACUCGAUCGUGCGCCAGGCCAACCCGAUUGUCCGGCUGGUGCCCUUCUCCUCGGAUCGCAAGCGCAUGUCCACCGUCGUGCGGCUGAACAACGGCAAGUACCGUCUCUACUGCAAGGGUGCCGCGGAGAUGGUUCUGGCCAACUGCCUGUCGUACCUGUCGCCGGACCCGCUCCCCGGGUCGGUGUCCAUUUCCCGGUCGUCCUCGAUCAUCCGCUCGUACCUGGUGUCGAUCGAGUCCUUCGCCAACAAUGCCCUGCGUGCCAUUUGCAUGGCAUACCGGGAUUUCGAGGCGGACGAAAUCGAGUCGCUCACUGACGACGAGUUCCCCUCCGAGGCCAACAUGACGCUCAUCGGCAUUGUCGGCAUCCAGGACCCCCUGCGUCCGGAGGUGCCGCACGCCGUGCGCCAGUGCCAGCAGGCCGGCAUCCGCGUGCGCAUGGUCACCGGCGACAACCUGAUGACCGCGCGGGCCAUCGCCCGCGAGUGCGGCAUCCUCAGCCCCACCGGCAUCGUCAUGGAGGGCCAGGUGUUCCGCCGGCUGAACCCGCUGCAGAUGAGCCGCAUCCUGCCGAGCCUCGAGGUCCUGGCCCGGUCGUCGCCCACCGACAAGCAGCUGCUGGUCCGGCACCUGAAGGAGAUGGGCCACGUGGUGGCGGUCACCGGUGACGGGACCAACGACGGCCCGGCCCUGAAGCUGGCCAAUGUCGGCUUCGCCAUGGGCAUUGCCGGUACCGAGGUGGCCAAGGAGGCGGCUCACAUCAUCCUGAUGGAUGACAACUUCGCGUCCAUCGUCCGCGCCGUGGUGUGGGGCCGUGGUGUCUUCGACGCGGUGCGCAAGUUCCUGCAAUUCCAGCUCACCAUCAAUGUGGUGGCCGUGACGCUGUCCUUCGUGAGUGCCAUUUCCGAUCCGGACGGCACGGCCGUCCUGUCGGCCGUGCAGCUGCUCUGGGUGAACCUCAUCAUGGACACGCUGGCCGCGCUGGCCCUGGCCACCGAGCCGCCGACCGACGAGCUGCUCCAGCGCCCGCCGCACCCGAAGACCGGGUCGCUCAUUUCCCGGCAGAUGUGGAAGAACAUCCUCGGCCAGUCGGCCUUCCAGCUGCUGGUGUGCUUCAUCCUCUACUACCUGGGCUUUGGGCUGUUUGACCUGGACAGCACCAGCAGCGUGGACCGCGGUGUCCACCGGACCAUUGUCUUCAACACCUUCGUCUUCAUGCAGUUCUUCAACGAGGUCAACUGCCGUGUGUUGGACCGGUCGGUGAAUAUCUUCCGCGGCCUGCACCGCCACCUGUCCUUCAUCCUGAUCAUGCUGCUGACCGUGGCCAUCCAGGUGCUGGUGGUGGAGUUCGGCGGGGCGGCCUUCCGCACGCACCCGCUCAACUGGUACCAGUGGCUCAUUUGCAUUGGCAUCGGCUUCCUGUCCUGGCCCCUGGGCCUGGUGGUGCGGGUGAUCCCCAUCUCCGAGAAGAAGGUCCCCCCGAUCGAGACGGAGUCCGUCACCCGGGGCCGGCUCCUGUGGGAGACCGCCAUCUCCGAUGUGCGUACUCAGAUCCGUGUGGUCAACCAGCUGCGCCGGCACCGCGAGAGCUACUUCUGA